AUGGCGGAGCAGCCACGGAGCGGGGCGGGGGAGGUGACUUGCCCGGUGUGCUUCAAGCUGGUGGCCAACGAGCGGACCCUCAAGCGUCACAUGGAGUACCACAGGCAGGCCUCCAACCCCAGGCACCCCUGCGGCCACUGCGGCAAGCGCUUCACCUUCGCUGCCGACCUUCAGAAGCACUUGCGGGUCCACACGGGGGAGAAGCCCUUCAAGUGCUCCCGCUGCCCCUACCGCACGGGGGACCGGAGCCACCUGGCGCGGCACGUGAGGGCCCCGCACUCCCCGGAGCAGCACAGCCUCGACGCCGCUGCCACUUCCACCACCGCGCACGGGUCAGCUCCGGCGAGUGAGACUGUGUUUCUGGUGUUGCAGGGUGUGGCUGGCCUGUUUUCUGAGAUGUUGCUGGGCGUGGAAGGUGGUGGUGGCGGGCGGCGGGCGUGGGCGGGGGCGUGGGAGGACGUGCGGCAGGCCAUGCGGGCUGCUGCCGACGACAUGCGGCGCUCCUCCCCAAGGACGGCGUGCCACAUCUGCGGGUCCAGCGUGAGUCGCGCGAACCUGCGGCGCCACAUCCGCACCCACACUGGCGAGAAGCUGUACGGCUGCCCGAACUGCAGCUACCGGACGGGAGACCGAUCCAACCUGCGGCGACACCACUCCAGCGUCCACCCCGACCAGCCCACCCUCAAGAUGUAG